UAUUUGUGCGCCAAUAUGCAUAUAAAUUCGUUCUAUUCAGCACCGUUGUUAUUCAGCAACAUCGUCAUUACAUAAUAUCAUUGAAAUACGAAGUGGAGACCUAACCUCAAAUUGACUCAUGCUCAUAUUUUACUGUCAAAAAAGACUAAAUUACCGCAAUAACAUCAUUUGUGCUAAGUGGAUUUUCCAUUUACAUGCCAAUUGGCGUUGAACAAAAAUUAUAACAAUCAAUAAAUUGAUUUCGAAAUGUCUGGAGGAUUCAAAAUAACAAAUCCAAGUGAAGGACCAAAACUAUCAGCAGCCCAAAUUGCGUUCAUGAAAUUGACUGAACAAGAAAAUUUGAAGCGCGUUAAAAAAUUGGAAGCCAUUCGCAAACGAAAUUGGAUAACCGGCUGGACAUUGGGUUUUUGCGUGCUCAGCAUCUACGGAUAUACAAUUCUUACAGUCAAACAAGAAAGAUUCUUGGACGAUUUUGAAGAACCAAAAAAAAUUAUUGUAAAAAAGCCAGAAUAAACCAUUUCGUUCACACCACUUCACACCACAAUUUAAUUUUAUAAGCUAUAUUUGAGUUUACCGAAGAAAAAAACUUGAUUGACUUAAGGAAUAAAACAAAAACUUAUUGAAAAUGGCAUC